UAAAAUGCCCGUCCCAAUCCCUCUCCUCCGGUUCUCCAUCUCAAGAGGCACAAACAAGAGCAAGCUCAGUGCCCCACAGCCCCUCGCCGGACUCUCUCCCACAGAGAGGAACUCGGCCCCAAGCCCCGGAGACCCGCGCAGGCCGCCUCCGGAGGAGCCCCCGCAGACGCCAUACUAAAAGCCAAAAUGGCUGCCCGAAGGAAGCCCGCACCGCGCAGCUAGUGAGGGCUGGGUAACAAGCUUCUGCGGGAAGGGGGGAGGGGGGCUAGAGGAAGAGCCGUCGCCAGGACCAUCGCCCCCUCGAGCCGCACAGGUUCUGGUUACAGCUACCCCUCGCCAUAACUUUUGAACUAUAUUUGGAAAAAUACUGGCCAGAAAAAGAAAAUGAUAAAAUUUUUCCUCAUGGUGAAUAAACAAGGGCAGACCCGACUUUCUAAGUACUAUGAACAUGUGGAGAUUAAUAAGCGUACGCUUCUGGAAACAGAAGUCAUAAGGAGCUGUCUCUCUCGAUCCAAUGAACAAUGCUCUUUCAUUGAAUAUAAGGAUUUUAAGCUGAUAUAUCGGCAGUAUGCAGCUCUCUUCAUUGUGGUCGGAGUUAAUGACACUGAGAAUGAGAUGGCAAUUUAUGAAUUCAUCCAUAACUUCGUGGAAGUUUUAGACGACUACUUCAGCCGAGUGAGUGAAUUAGAUGUAUCCUUUUUCAGUGCUGUGAACCAAGUUUUCCAUAGUACUUGGCAAAGAACAGGCUAGUCUUGAUCAGAAUAUGAAUGGAUCUUUCAGGAAAACCUACUUAACAACAACAAUAAAAAAACACUCCUUGGGGCUUCCCUGGUGGCGCAGUGGUUGAGAAUCUGCCUGCCAAUACAGGGAACACGGGUUCGAGCCCUGGUCUGGGAAGAUCCCACAGGCCACGGAGCAACUAGGCCCGUGAGCCACAACUACUGAGCCUGCGCUCCGCAACAAGAGAGGCCGCCAUAGUGAAGAGGCCCAUGCACUGCGAUGAAGAGUGGCCCCCGCUCGCCACAACUGGAGAAAGCCCUCGCACAGAAACGAAGACCCAACACAGCCAAAAAUAAAAAUAAAUGAAUAAAUAAAAGAUUACUAUUAAUAAAAACAAAAAAACAACAAAAAAAAACCCACUCCUUUUCAGUGACCUAAUUAACUAAAGGCCAUACUAAGCCUAAAAGUGAACACAAGACUAUUACAAGGAGAGUAUAUCCAGAACUAUGCAGAAUCUUCAUGAUAAUCUUCCAUACAGUAGCCUGUGAUUUUCAGUGGGAAAUGUGAACACAUUGGCUCUUUGCAACUUAUCUAAUUCCAUGGGCAAUUGAGUUAAAGUAUAAAAAAAAAAGAGAACACGUUUUUUCCCCACCGUACUUAAAGAACUUUUUCUUUUUCUUUCUCUUUCUUUCUCUCUCUCUCUCUCUCUCUCUCUCUCUCUCACUACGUUGGGUCUUCGUUGCUGUGUGCGAGCUUUCUCUAGUUGGGGCGAGCGGGGGCUACUCUUUGUUGCGGAGCAUGGGUUCUAGGCACGUAGGCUUCAGUAGUUGUGGCUCUCGGGCUCUAGAGUACAGGCUCAGUAGUUGUAGCGCACAGGCUUAGAUGCUCCAUGGCGUGUGGGAUCUUCCCCGGCCAGGGAUCAAACCUGUCCUGUGUCCCCUGCAUUGGCAGGUGGAUUCUUAACUACUGCACCACCAGGGAAGUCCGAGCUAGAAUCUUAAAAGAAAAAAAAAAAAGAAAAGAAAUCAAAUAAGACAAGGGAUCUGAGGCCAAAAUCUAGAAUUAGAAAGUUUAGUUUCUAGGCUGGGCUCUUCCUUGGAAUUGCUUUUGAGGUCCCAUUAGAAUGUAUGCUGCUCAGUUUUCUCUUACUAAAGGAGAACUAGACCACCACAGUGGUGUUAAAAUACCAUGAUGAAAAAGUGCUUUAUGAUCCAGAGAUCAAAAUUCCAAUGUAUGAACCAGAAACAUUUCAAUCACUCUAAUUAAAAAAUUGAUUUCAAGUGGCACUAAUAUUACUGAGGUCCUACGCUAUUCAGCUCCAAUCCACAUUACACAGAAAUUCAGAAAGGCUCUAGGUUUCCGGGUUGGGAGAAAGUGGGGCUUUAUGAAUCUGUUCUUUAAGAGGCUCUUUCUAGUUCAUAUCAGCUCCAACCUUAGGGUGCCCAUAAAGGUAAACAAGUUUCCUCAAAGAUCUUUAAGUCAGUUGAAUUCAGUAAAACCUAAGGUUGGACCCUCUUAAACUAGUCAUUCUCAGCUCAUCACCUUAAUAGACCAACAGCUUGUGCCUUUCUUGCUUCCUCCUAUUCCAAAUGUCAGGGCUAAAGUGUGUUUGCCUCUGCUUAUUGCCACGGGACUUGGCAUAUAGGGCAUUUUUUGGUCCCUGCUCACCUGGCUUGUAGCCCAAAUGCCAUUACUCUUGGCUUUUCCAGUGUGCACAAGUAACUCAUUAACCAAAUCAAGAUGUGAACAACAGCUGGAUUCUUAUUUUCAAGAAGCCACAUGAUUCCAAGGGGAAAUCAGUUUUCAGGCUUUUGCCUCACAUUCGAUUUGGUCUGUGGUUUCCCUUUAUAGUGCCAGAAAGUUGCAUGAUUAUUAGAGGUUUCAGCCAGAUACUCAGAUAGACAGGCAGUCACAUGCCCACAGUACCAAAUGCCCUCACUGAGCAAUUCAUGUUUCCAGGAUGUUGGGAAAUUCAGACUUGCUGAAGGACCUUGUCCUUGCAUUGUGAGGAUGUCAGUGGUUGAUAUGAUUCAGCAGUAAAUUCUAAUCUGAAUUGCAAAACAUUGAGCUAGUUGUUCAAGGGGACAUCUGAAUUGCUGACCAUAUUCUUGCCAAAGAUGGAGCAGUCUUCAGAGCAGCUUGAUCCCUGCAUCGAUUCAAAUAGAAUAGAUUAAAAUGAGAUCUCCUUCUACCUCAGAAUCACCCUGGAUGGGUUGACAUUUUCAAAGGCACUAGGCUUUAAACAACAAGGUCCUAUUGUAUAGCACAGAGAACUAUAUUCAAUAUCCUAAGAUAAACCAUAAUGGAAAAGAAUAUUUUAAAACAGAAUAUAUAUAUAUGUGUAUAACUGAAUCACUUUGCUGUACAGCACUAAUUCCCACAACACUGUAAAUCAACUAUACUUAAAAUAAAACAAAAAACCUUGACACCAAAAAAAAAAAAAAAAAAAAAAAGGCACUAGGCUUUCAUUGCCCUUAGUGAAUACAACAGGGGGAUUCUACAGGGCAUUUUUUUCAUGCAGUCACCUGUGCUUCCCAGCUCUGCCUUCCUUUAUACCUGGCUGUCAUUCCUACCAUGUUCUGGCUUCUGGGUCUGGUGAAGAGGAUUAAGUCAAGCGCCUAAUAUUCCAGUCCCAAUUUGGCCAUGGACAAAGCAAUCAUCCAUCUAAUUGGAAGAUAUUAUUAAUAGGUAUAACAGAGUAAAGCUUUUUUUUUUCUGGGUCACUUUAGGACAGUCCCCAUGGGCUCCUGAAAAAGUUUAUUCUGCUGGAGAACUAUUCGCACAGAGCUUAAUGAGGUAUUAACACAGAGCCUAAUAGAAACUUAAAAGUCAUUCACAGGAUUGUCUCAUUCUCUAUAGAUGUACUUUACUAAACAAAUACAAUAGACUUGAACGUCUGGAAUUAUUGGGAAGAAAAAUCAGGUGGUAAUGGCUCAUUUUACAAAGAUUCACUAAUUAUGAACUCCCAUAGUGCAUUUAAUCACUCGCUUGUUGAAUGAAGUUUGCCUAUUUGAAACAAUCUGUCAGCUGUUUUUUGUUUUGUUCUGUUUUUUUCUAAACAGACCAGGAUUGUGCUCUUUAGUGAUGGAAACUUUAGUAAAGCAUAGAAUUUAGAAACGUUCAACCAUUAUCAUCUUCACUCUCAAGAGUUUCUCUCUUCCAGAACAGGUCAGUUCUCUCUUCCAGUUCAAUUUCACAAAAGAAAAGUUAGGUACUCAAAUGAAGGGACUACUGGAGGAAGAACUUGGCUCUAAUUAGCUAGACAUCAUAGUCUAGCAGUGUUUUCUUCUUCUCCCAUGCCCUGUACUAACUUUCCAAUAAGAACGUCAGUAAUCUAAAGUGGCUCCAUAAUUCUCAAAUGAGUAUUUUUAGAAUGCUCCAUUUAUAAGAGGUACUCUCCUGAAAAUCGGAAUUUUUAUCUCCUUGGGAAUUAAGUCAGCAUUGCCUUUUCUUCAUUCAUUUCUCCUCGUGGUUAUUUUUUUCUUUUAGCCUGUCUGACACAAAACAUGCUCAAGGUGCAGUACUGUAAAGGCAUGUGUUUUGGGGUGGAGGUUUGAGGGCGGAGGGAGAAUGUAUACUCAGCAGCCUCAGGCCUCUCCUGGGAAGUCUGGAAGCAGAGCAGUUAAGCCCAAACUUUCGGUUUAAAUUCCAGCUCUGACAACUACUAGCCAUGUGACCGUAGGCAAUGGCUUUGAGCCUGUUUGUUCCUGUGUAAAAUGAGGAUAAUGUUAGCAUGUACAUCACCGAGUCGUAGAGAAGACUGAAAUAAUACAUGUAAAACACUCAACACAAUGCCUGGAACACAAUGAGUAUUCAAUAAGUCAUGGCUAUUACUGUUGUUAUUAUUGUCUGGGAAGACAUUGUUCUUGAGGUCAGGUCACACUCUUACCAAAAUUUACUUGCUUUGUUCUCCAGCUCUUAGUAGAGAUUCCGUCUCCCUCUGGCUAAAAGGUAUAGCUGUUCCAUUUCUAUGUCUAUUGUCCAGUUAGUUAGCCUAGCCAAGGUGAAAUUAGGUAUAUAUGUGUACAUGAAGGUAAUAAUUUCUAAUAUAAAUACCAAUUUUAAUUUCAGGAAUUCUGUUAAAAAAAACACAAAACCUUCAUGCUUAGACUAAUUUACACUGGAAAAAUUCCAGGCAAAGUCGUAAGUUAUUAUUUACUGAAUGUUAACAUUUUUAUAACUAAUUUCCUUAAUAUGACUCUAGAUAAUGUUUAAUUUGGAUAAAGUA